AUGCCUGCCAUUGAAAAGACUGCUGCGGGCUCGCGCGAGUCUCCCCGCUGGUCCAGCGACGAAGUGACCGUCCUUUUCGUCCUUGGUGGCCCCGGUGCCGGAAAGGGUACGCAAUGUACGAAGCUCGUCAGUGACUAUGGCUUCAAGCAUCUCUCUGCUGGUGAUCUGCUGCGCGAAGAGCAGAACCGCGAGGGCAGCGAGUUCGGCGAGAUGAUCAAGACGUACAUCAAGGAAGGCACUAUUGUGCCCAUGGAGGUUACCGUUCAGCUGUUGGAGAACGCAAUGGAGGCCAGCAUGGAGAGCGGAGAGAACCACGGAAAACUGUUCUUGAUUGAUGGCUUCCCACGCAAACUCGACCAGGCCCACGCUUUCGAACGCUCCGUCUGCCCUUCCAAGUUCACCAUCUUCUUCGAAUGCUCCGAAGCUGUUAUGGAGAAGCGACUUCUCGUCCGCGGCGAGACAUCGGGACGCGCUGAUGACAACCUCGAGAGUAUCAAGAAGCGCUUCAGGACAUUCGUGGAGACAAGCAUGCCCGUGGUCAAUGAAUUCGAGUCGCAGGAUAGGGUUGUCAAGAUCAACGCAGAGCAGGAGCCUGACCAGGUCUACCGGGACGUUGUGGAGAAGCUCAAGGAGCGUGGCGUGAAGCCCAUCAACAUCACCUUUGUGCAGACACAGGCUUCAUAG